AUCGGGCAGAACUCCCCUAACGAACCCCGAAACUCUCAGAUUGAACCCGGCGAGGCGUGCGAUCGGGGGAAAGUAGGCCGGCCGACGGGGCGCGCGCGUGCACGUAGGGCGCACUUAAUCAGAAUGAAAUCUAAGAACUCGCCAACAAUAGAUUCGUGAUGCCCGAAGGAGACCGGUCGGCGAAAUGAAAGCCCCCGAGAAACAAUGGAAGCGUCCACGCAAGCAUGACGGCCCCAUUCAGAUCCGCAGACGGCAUGCUUAGUGCUGGCCGAAGAAAACGCUCAAAUUUCUAAUCGGUGGAGAGGCCGUCCACAGGACAGAAUAGCAGCUGCGGAAGAGAAACAGACUGUGGCAUGUUAGGGCCAAUGCAUCACCCUCUACGAGGGCGCAUUCUGCUUGCCCUCUUUUUUCUACUUGGUACGUUCGCCUUGCAAUCACGGGCGGCCGCCUUUCCGGAUUGGACCGACUGCCCGGCAGUGUGUCGGUGCAAAUGGACGUCGGGAAAGAAGUCGGCCCUGUGCCCCGACGCCGGCCUAACGUCGCUGCCCGCAUCGCUGGACCCCGACAUGCAGGUGCUGGACUUGUCGGGGAACAAGAUACCAGCGCUACAGUCGGAGAUCUUCAAGCGUUCCGGCCUGCUGAAUCUGCAAAGGGUGUUCUUGAGGAACGCUGGCAUCCAUCAGAUCCACGCGGAUUCGUUCAGGGACAUGAGGAUCCUGGUCGAGAUCGACCUGUCGGACAACCACGUGAAGGCCCUCGAGCCGGGCACAUUCUUGGGCAACGAAAGACUGAGGAUCCUAAUUUUAAGCGGCAACCCUUUGACCGUACUGAGGAGCCACCAGUUCCCCGUGCUCCAGCACCUGCGAAACCUGGAGCUGCAAAGGUGCACGCUGUCGGAGAUACACGGCGAGGCGUUCGUACAUCUCACGGGGCUCGAGUUGCUGAGACUCGACCACAACGAGCUGGAGUAUCUCGACGCGUCGGUGAUAUCGCUGCUGCCGCGUCUCAAGACUCUGACCAUGGACGGUAACAAGUGGAGUUGCGACUGCAGGCUCCGCGACUUCCGCGUCUGGCUGAUCUCCGACGUGCCCAGCAAACUCUAUUCCGUGCCUCAACUGUGUUCAUCGCCGCCGCGUUUGGCGGGUCGCAAGUGGGAGGACGUUAAGCCGACGGAGUACGCCUGCGAGCCGGAAGUUUACGUGCUCUCCAGCAGUAUUCAGGAAGAGAUGAACGGUAACCUGAGUCUGGCCUGCUUGGCAACGGGAGACCCGGAGCCCGAGGUCUGGUGGCAGCUGAACGGCGGUCCGGUGAACGCGUCUAAAUUGACCGAGCAGAUAUACUCCGGCACGUACGUCGCGUACGCGACGUCCGACGUCGGUAUGGCCUACAACGAGCGACCCGCGCCUGGGAGAAUCGUCGACAGGUGGAACAACUUGACCGUCUACAACGCCAGCGACGGCGACGCGGGGGAGUACGCCUGUUUCGCGAAGAACAUCGCCGGUCUGGCGCGGGACACAGUCAGUGUGGCGAUUCCGCGUGUGUACACGGCGCCGACGCUCUCUCAGAGUGACAAUUGGUUGUUGUGGGUCAGUCUGGCGGGCGGUGGCGCCGCCGCCCUGUGCGCCUCGAUCUCCGCGGUGCUGCUGGCGCUGUGCGUGUGCGGCGGGACCCGUCGACACAACGCCCGGGAGAAGGUCAAGCUCCAGAGCAGCACGAGCUUCGGCGACCAAGAGAAGAAGCUCCUCGACCUGUCGGUAACGACGACCACGCCUGGGAACAGCAACGACCAGGGCAGCGGGCACGGCAGCCUGGUGGAGGCCUACAGUACGGGCGAUCUCGAGCUGGCGGAAAGGGGAUCGAUCUGCGAUCCGAUGAGUGCCGCCACCGUCACCGUCGAGAGACUCAGACCCGAAGUGACCAGUGGUUCCGUGAACGCGAUGAGGGCCGUGCCCUGCACCGCGAUGUUCCCGCCGCCGCCGCCGGAAUUCACCAGCGGCGUUCUGCCCGCUGGAAUCUUCGGCAAUAUAUUCAUUUCGGUGUCCGUGCCGCAGGAUUCCUCGGAUCGCUGUUACCCAGACCUGCUCGACAUUCCGGUUCACGGCGCGAGCAGCGUGGCGAACAAAACGACCGCCGUCGUGGCGGCAGCCACAAGCGUCUCUAGUUUUGCGACGCUACCGCGACGCACACUGCGAUCCACCGAUCUUUGUUCGCCUUACGACAAUAUGGGGCCCCGCGUCACGGCCAACGGAAGUUCCGCGUUCUCGCUGACCGACGUGGACCUACGACUAUCGCCCCCACCCCCGCCGCGAAUCAUCCAACCGCCCCACGAGUUCGUAUCCCUGUAA